UCAAUCAGCCUCAGUCUCGCGGCUACAUCGCCCGCGAAUAGUCGCGGACGCGUUGCCACCGUGUCACCGCUAUUGUCGGUGUUUAGUUGUAUCAUAAUUUGGGUUUAAUAAUCGCGAGGCCCACGACAAUCCAUCACCAUGGAUCCCGAAUCAUUCUUAGACCUGGCCAACCAGGUCAUAAAGCUUAAAAUGUAUCCAUAUUUUGACGUAGCACAUUCUUUACUAUGCGCUCUUGCAGUGAGAGAAGAUUUGGGAGCUGGUGCGCAAUCCUUCUCCCGAAAACACCCCCUGUCGUGCUGGCUGUCGACAAUGCUGGUGAUAUUCGCGGGCGGCAUGGUGGUCAACGGUUUAUUGGGGGAGCCAAUUCUGGCACCGCUCAAGAACACACCGCAGCUGGUCAUUGGAACUGUCACUUGGUACGUGGUAUUUUACACUCCUUUCGACGUUAGUUAUAAGGUAGCCAAGUUUCUACCAGUUAAAGUAGUAGCUUCAGCAAUGAAAGAAAUAUACCGCGCCAAGAAAGUAUACGACGGUGUCUCCCAUGCUGCCAAGCUGUACCCGAACGCUUAUGUCAUUAUGAUUAUUAUUGGUACCCUAAAGGGUAAUGGUGCUGGCUUCACAAAAUUAGUGGAGCGACUUAUCCGUGGAGCGUGGACUCCUACCGCCAUGGAAACUAUGCAACCCAGCUUCUACACGAAAGCGUCUUUGGUUGCGUCCAUUAUCUUCGUGUUGGACAAAAAGACUGAUCUCAUUUCCGCACCCCACGCCCUCGUCUACUUCGGGAUCGUCAUCUUUUUCGUUUACUUUAAGCUGUCUUCGAUUCUGCUUGGCAUUCACGAUCCCUUCGUGCCUUUUGAAAACCUAUUCUGCGCUCUCUUUAUGGGUGGCAUCUGGGACUCGCUGGCCAAGCUGCUGGGAAAGGGCCAACCCAAAGAUGAAACUAAAGACGCUAAGAAGACAAAUUAGUGUUUAUGAUACGUCAAAGUAUCUACGCUACGUAAUCAACUGACACCGACAAUGCAAAAAGCGACGGCUAUUCUUUAAGUAGGUACCUACCUAAAUAAAAUUAAGGAAAAAGAAAUAAAAAAAUAGUAAAACCUGUAAAUCCUAAAAAAAAUGGCACAACGACCAAAGUUUUUGAUUUUAUUUAAGUUAAGAUUUGCUAGUCAUAGAAUUUUAUAUAUCUUUUUGUAUGUGCAUGAAUGAAUAUAUCGCACCUAAUACAAAGUAUUGUAAUACAGUAGGAUUAACUUAAUUUUACAAAUUUUGAAUAAUCCACUCUAAAGUUGUAACUUUAAAGUCUAUUUUUAAAAAUAUAUAAUUUUGUUAAUCAAGUAUUGUAUUCGGUGUGCGAUAUAUAUUUAUAAUUAUUUGUUACCUUCUCAUGCUUGUGCCCUGUAAGUUCAAUUUUAUUUGCCCCUAGUAUAUAAGAACAUAAGAUAACUAGAAAAUGUGUUUUUUUUUAUUAUUAUAUUGUACUAGUGAGUACGUUUUUUAUUAUAAUUUAAUAUGUUUUGUCUGUUCCUAAAUAUUUGCCAAAUGUUUUUAGACUAUAGUAAUUUUAUUUUACUUCCAUUUUAAACGUGUAAAUAAUCGCUUUUACUUGAGCACUAAUUCCUAUUGUUUCCUGAGUGUAUAAAAAUACGAGCAUUGAAAUUGUAUUUAGUUAGGUUUUCGAAACGACAAUCGACCUACGACUUCCUUUAUGUAUUUUUAUAAUUAAUACCAAUAAGUAUUAAUAAAUUACAUUAAGAUUACACACUGUGGAGGGGUUGGAAUGGUGGAUUCAAUUUUUUACGUUACAAAGGAGUUUAAUUUAUAUAUUCUCGUUCUUUAUGGCAUUUUUUAUAUUUAUUAACAAUUAUCAUUCUUUUAAACGCCAAAAACACCAUUGUAUUGCUAGUAUGCUGUAUGAAUAAUAAUUCAAAAUAAAAUAAUGUUCUAGCAGAAAAUAGUAAUGGCACCACGCCUACAGCUUGCUGUGUGUAACAACCUUUUUAGUCAACGCCGUCUUUAGCAAUCUACUAUAUUAUCUAAGAAAUACCAAUGUACUUAAAUCCUAAAAUAUAUCUUAACAGAUAUAACUAAGUCUUUUAUAUUUUACAAUUUGAUAUUAAAUGUAAAAUAAGUUCCUCGAAAAUUACUAAUUAUUCCGACUGCGUAACCUAUCUUAAAGCGGAAAGUAGAUAAAAAAUAAGCGAUUUGUGAUUGUGAAUACCAAAAAGCAAUAAGUACCUACCGAUAAGUUAUUAAAUCAAUAUGUUUGAUUAAAAUAUAAAGUAUUAAUUGGUGUAUAAGUUAUAAGUAAAUUAAUACGAAAAGCCUGACCGAUUCGCGGGGUGCAAGCGAUGAGGAACACGCUUUUCGUUUAAUAAAUAAAACAAUGUUAUUUAUUUUUAAAAUUGUUAUUAAAAUAUAAUUGGACGUGCUAAAGGAAGUAAUAAAUUGUUUUUAUUUAA